AGUCUGGCGCUCACGCUCGAGUCUUGCGCGCCCAGCCAGCGGCGCAUGCGUGGGGCCGGCAGCCCGCGAGACCUGAUUUCAGUUUGGCCUCGCGAUAUUUCAUCCAGCUGUGCCUCCCUCCGGCUGGCCUUCCUUCGGUGCUGCUUCCGGGAUGCCCCGACCUGUCCUGGGUUGACCGGUACCGGUUCUCUUACUUCUCUCCUGCGACGCUCCUGGGCCCCCAGACCCCAUUUACAGGCCGGUGGCUUCUGGUGGACCCUGCUCACCCCUACCCUACCCCAUCUCGGAGAGCCCGCUGCGCCCCAGGAGCCAAUCAGCAGCCGCCUUAGGUGACCAUGUCUGAGUCUGGGCACAGUCAGCCAGGGCUCUAUGGGAUAGAGAGGCGGCGGCGCUGGAAGGAGCCAGGCCCUGGCGGCCCCCAGAAUCUCUCCGGGCCCGGAGGUCGGGAGAGGGACUACAUCGCACCCUGGGAAAGAGAGAGACGGGAUGGCAGCGAAGAGACUAGCACGGCGGUCAUGCAGAAAACCCCCAUCAUCCUCUCAAAGCCUCCAGCAGAGCGGUCAAAGCAGCCCCCGCCUCCAGCAGCCCCUGCUGCCCCACCUGCCCCGGCCCCUCUGGAGAAGCCCAUUGUGCUCAUGAAGCCCCGGGAGGAGGGGAAAGGGCCGGCGGCCACAACGAGCGCCUCAACCCCCGAGGGCACUGUCCCACCACCCCCGGCAGCCCCUGUGCCACCCAAGGGGGAGAAGGAGGGCCAGAGACCCACGCAGCCCGUGUACCAGAUCCAGAACCGGGGCAUGGGCACUGCCGCUCCAGCAGCCAUGGACCCUGUCGUGGGCCAGGCCAAACUGCUGCCCCCAGAGCGCAUGAAGCACAGCAUCAAGCUGGUGGACGACCAGAUGAAUUGGUGCGACAGCGCCAUUGAGUACCUGUUGGAUCAGACUGAUGUCCUGGUGGUUGGUGUCCUGGGCCUCCAGGGGACGGGCAAGUCCAUGGUCAUGUCGUUGUUGUCAGCCAACACUCCGGAGGAGGACCAGAGGGCUUAUGUUUUCCGGGCCCAGAGUGCCGAAAUGAAGGAGCGAGGAGGCAACCAGACCAGUGGCAUCGACUUCUUUAUUACCCAAGAGCGGAUUGUUUUCCUGGACACACAGCCCAUCCUGAGCCCUUCCAUCUUGGACCAUCUCAUCAACAACGACCGCAAGCUGCCUCCAGAGUACAACCUGCCCCACACCUACGUUGAGAUGCAGUCACUCCAGAUUGCUGCCUUCCUCUUCACGGUCUGCCACGUGGUGAUAGUCGUCCAGGACUGGUUCACGGACCUCAGUCUGUACAGGUUCCUCCAGACAGCAGAGAUGGUGAAACCCUCCACCCCAUCUCCCAGCCACGAGUCCAGCAGCUCGUCAGGAUCCGACGAAGGCGCUGAGUACUACCCUCACCUGGUCUUCCUGCAGAAUAAAGCUCGCCGGGAGGACUUCUGUCCUCGCAAGCUACGGCAGAUGCACCUGGUGAUCGACCAGCUCAUGGCCCACUCCCACCUGCGGUACAAGGGUACUCUAUCCAUGUUGCAGUGCAAUGUCUUCCCUGGGCUCCCGCCUGACUUCCUGGACUCUGAGGUCAACCUGUUUCUGAUGCCCUUCAUGGACAGUGAGACAGAGAGUGAAACCCCACCUCGCGCAGGACCUGGUUCCAGCCCCCUCUUCUCCCUGCUCCCUGGGUACCGAGGCCACCCCAGCUUCCAGUCCUUGGUGAGCAAGCUUCGGAGCCAGGUGAUGUCCAUGGCCCGGCCGCAGCUGUCACACACGAUCCUCACCGAGAAGAACUGCCCAGCACCGCCUCCCCAGCCCUGACUCUACGUGACUUUCUAUGUCCAGAGCCCACAGCAGGGCUGCCGCAGAUCCAGGACUGCCUCGUUUCCAAGAGAAACAAGAACCUGCGAAGUAGCUUCAGCUCGGCUCCCCUGGGUCUGUCCAGUCGGCUGUGGGCAGAAGGGGCAAGGGAGUGCGGGCGCAGCAGGAUGCCGCUUGGCGGCUGCAGGGCCUGGGGGAUCGGAGGUCUGCUCCUCUUGUUGGGCUGAACCAGGACCCAGCGCGGAGGAGAGAACUGGGGAGCUGGUAGGCUUACGCUGGUGCUGGACGUUCCUGAGGGGCUUCCCUGGUGCCAGUGCAGGAGCCUCAGGCUGAGUCCCUGGGCUGGGAGAGCCCCUGGAGGAGGAAACGGCAGCCCGCUCCAGUCUUCUGGCCUGGGAAAUCCCGUGGGCAGACGAGCCUGCCAGCCUAGUCCGUGGGUCAUGAGAGUCAGACGCAGCUUAGAGGCUGAAUGACAACACAGGACGUUUCUGAUCGUUACACGACUCGGGGGCUGAAGAGACAGACCCGCGCCCACGAAGGCCGCACUGAGGGGAGCGGGGAGCAGAGUGGGCUUGCAGCUGGGGGCCUGCGGACUCCAGCCCCGCUGCCCCGGGGAGGUGAGGGGCUCGGGCCGCCUCGCAGUCUCCGCAUCCCAGGCGAUGGGGUCGGUCGUGCAGGGCCUGCAGCCAGGGCAGCGCUGACUCUUGGCCUCCCCUCACAGGUUCCACUAUGCCGCCCGGAUCUGGGACGGGGUGAAGAAGUCCUCCGCCCUGGCAGAGUACAGCCGCCUGCUGGCCUGAGGCCGAGGGGAGGGUUG